GUCCUCGACCUGAUGGAAGUGUUGCCAAACAUUGACGUGAGCGACAUCAUGGAAAUCCCCAGAGUGUUUGAGUGUGACGACCAGACCUGCCUUGCGACCAUACAUCACGAUUCCGUACGGCGACAGGAUGGUGCAAUAACCUGAAUUUCCCGUCCUUCGGCAAGUCAUUCCGGGCCAAGAGUCGUCUGUUGAGGCCCUCCUAUGAAGGUGGGUCAGAAGGUCAAGGAACGCCCCAUUGCCAGCACCUUCUACGCACCCUUCGACCUUUACGAGCGAGGCAAGUUCGACGAGGUCCUUGAGGGGAUGGUCAGCUCCCACGCCCAGAACGAAGACAUGGCCAUUUCCGAAGCCAUGACCAGCAAGAUGUUCGAGGACGCUAAGACUGGUGUUGGCCUGGACCUGGCGGCACAGAUCCUGCAGCAGGGGCGUGACCACGGCAUCGCUGGAUACAACCGCUGGAGGCUCUUCUGUGGCCUCCCAAAAGCUGCCUCCUUCCAAGACCUGAGUGACGUCGCUGCCCCGGAAAACAUCAAGAAACUACAAGGGAUUUAUAAGCAUGUGGAUGAUGUGGAUCUCUUCACCGGUGGACUCGCGGAAAAGCCAAACCGUGGAGCGCUGGUCGGGCCCACGUUUGGCUGUUUGAUUGGUCGCCAGGUCCACUACCUGAGGCGAGGCGAUCGUUACUGGUAUGAGGACGACAUCCUGCCCUCCUCAUUCACUAAGGAACAACUUUACGAGCUCUGCAAGACCAGCCUGGGACGUGUGAUCUGCGACAGCAGCGACAAGCUCCAGCACGUCCAGCCCAAGGUCAUGCUGGAGGCUGAUUCCUUCCUCAAUGCACCAAUGGCCUGCCAGGGGAAGCAUAUCAAGGGUGUGGACCUGAAGAAGUGGAAGACCGCCAGCCCCAACUUCAUCAUUCCCGACAAGAUGCUUCAGGAGAGCAUUGAGAGGGCCAGGCGCGACAUCACCAACAUGAGGGACUCCGAGUGGAACCUCUGGGAAGCACGUCAGGCAGCAUAAGGGCACGAAAAACACGCGCAGCUGACCGCCAGCUGAAGGACUACUGAAUCCGGGUCACCAAGCAGCGUCCUCGACCUGAUGGAAGUGUUGGCAAACAUUGACGUGAGCGACAUCAUGGAAAUCCCCA